CCAUCUGCCAACUUGCCUCUUCACUGAACACAUACUUGCCCCACCUGGCACAAACAUGGGGUUCCUGAGCCCCAGCACUCUGCCUUUGUGUGAGAGGGCCUCACUGGGGGGCCCAUGGAGCCCCCCACCUCUCUCUCUAGACAGCAGGACCUGCCUGUCACAAUGGCCACAGGAAGAGUCCUGCUUGGCUCUCUGGUGCUUCUGUUGCUGCAGCUGGGCUUCAGCGGGGGCCCUGGGGCUCGAGGGGCCCUGGUGGCAGAGGGAGAGCGCUUGUCUGAGUCGGCAGCAGACAGAAGGAUGUGGAGGCUACAGCUGGGUGCCCGCCUACGCCGAGCCCCGACCAGCCCGUGCCAACUGUGGAGCCUGCCCCUGCCUGUGGCAGACCUGGGCCUGGGCUAUGCCUCAGAGGAGACGGUCAUCUUCCGCUACUGCGCCGGUAGCUGUCCCCGAGGCGCCCGCACCCAGCACGGCCUGGCGCUGGCCCGGCUUCGGGGCCAGGGCCGAGCCCAUGGGGGGCCCUGCUGCCGACCCACCCGCUACUCUGACGUGGCCUUCCUUGAUGACCGCCACCGCUGGCAGCGGCUGCCCCAGCUCUCCGCAGCUGCCUGUGGCUGCGGUGGAUAAGGACACCCGGCCUGGGGCCCCGCAGCUGCUGGAGGAGCUCUGUUGAGUUAUUCCCUGGAGGCUUGGAUUCAGAGAAGGGUCGUGGGCCCGCGGCCAGUAGGGAGCA